UACAUAGUGUAGAUAGGUAGAUGGCGUACAGAAAGGUCGUACAAAGUGAGUGUCGCACUGCCAUAACUGGCUUAGCCUGCUGGCACAGGAAGGGUCGCCUGUUUUAAGGUAGGUAGAGGUGCUGUUCCAGAUAGAACUCGAAUGUGAGUCGGACUUACAGGUUACGUACUUCCUAAAUAUGGACAAAGAGCGAGAACUGACAACAAUUUACACAGCCAAUUACAGAGAAAGAUAGGACACAGUGCCCUAUAACCAGAUGAGUAAGGUGUUACUAAGUAGGCACGAUUUGACUACGCUAUGAUCAAGGCCGCAUUAAUUGUGCCACAAAUGAUUGAGUAUUAGAGCUAAUUUAGUCCGAGUCGCCAGCUUGUGUAUGUUCAUCGGCAUUAUGUGUACAGAUGUGUCAUAACGUGUGAUUUGUGCGUUUGUGUAUAGAUUAUAGUUUUCUUCAUUGUGCUCCCGAAUCAAAAGAGGGACAAGUUAUGUUGGACGUCUCUUGCACCCAAAAGUCUCUGUUUAAAGUCGCAAAGGGAAUACCUCUUCUUUAAUAAAUACCUUCAGUACUUUUUUACGGAGCAGUAAAAUUAGUAUUAGACGGUUCGCUAAUGGGAAAAAGAUUCAAGUCGUCGUGAGAAAAACGCGUGUUUCAGGAAUUUGCCAGUGUAAAGAACCUCGCGUAAAUAGUUGAGGGAUUAGCUUGUGGACCUAAAUGGCUGCGCUUUUACCGAGGCUUGUUUCUCAUAAUGCAUAUUCUAAGCCUUCAAUCAGGUUAAAUCCAUGAACUUCUGAGACUCUUGAUAUUUUACCGCGAAUGUUUACGAUAUCAUCGACUAAUUUUCAGUUUACGCUCUGAGUUGAGCAUACAUAACUUAUCUGCGCUAGAUUUGCUCCAGAUUGUUUCCCACUAACUUCGUUCCUGCAACCUGACCAUUACUAUCUUUUGGAAUAAGCCGAGCAAUACAAUAGGCCGAUACGAUCUGUCAUGGAUAGAAUUGAAACGUGCACGCAAGUGAAACCCCGUAAAUUGUGAUGUAUUUGGUAUUUACGUUCCCCGUAACGAUUUACCGUACCGAUUGCUUUCGCAUUACGCUAUAUUCAAUAUUAAAAGGCGUAUUCUAUUAAAAAGUUAUUACAUUUGCGUUUGAAGUCCUUCCGUUUCGACACUGGAAUAUUUCCAUUGAAAAUAUGUGUUACCGGCUUUAAGGUUUUGAGGUGAAACAUCAUCAUUGUUAUUACGAUGUGUUGCUGAAGUAGAUAAUUAUGCGCAAUGCAAAGCUUUGACCAACCUCCCCUCACAUAAUGGUAGAAAACUUUACAGCUCUAGUUUAAAGAAAAAACCACACCAAAUUAUUUUUGUACGGCAACAGGAUUAUAUCAGAAUAAUUACUUUCAUAGGUUUUCAGUAACAUGUGCAGAGUAAUGGGGAAAAACCCCCACAGCAGAUUGAAAAUGCGUAUUGAUGGAUCUUCGAAUAAUCCCUGAUUCCGGGUGUUGGAUCUGAUCGUUUUGAAGUUUUCUGGUAACUCUCUAACUAAACAAGCCGUCAACCGACGCUUCAAAUUCGAAAUGCACGGUUGAUUAACCCAGAUGGACCACAACUGUCAGGGAGCGGAUUCCGAACCUGCAAAUUGGAGGUGUAUCGCGUUCGACCAUAGAACACUCCAAAAUUCUAUUCCAAUGGCUUACCUAAAUACUUUCCAAAUAAAUAUAUGGUGGCGCGUCUAAAUUGAGGUUUUUUUUAGACUGCAUCUAAUGAAAACUGUUCUUUGACACCAUUCGAUCAAUGAAAACCAUAUGACUACGUUUUUUUGCGUGUGCUCGAAAUGUACCUCCUGGCGAUCACUUUCAUUAAUAAAAUUAUCAUUCAUUGCGAAUAUAGCUCCGAUUCGGGAUUUAAACGAGUAAGCAGUAACUUUUUAAAAUGUUCUUUCUUCAACCCACGAAUUAACUUUUAACAUUAAGCUAUUUGCCCCAAAAUACGCUACGCACAAAAAAUUUGCAAAAUUAAAUUCUGGGGUAAUAAUAGAUCGAAGGCUGCAGAAACGCAGAGGCUCUAAAAACCUAACUAAAAAAAACCCUUGAAGCUUACUUGAACAAUCCAAUUAACACCUAAUAUCCUCUUCUAAAAAAUGAUAAAUAAUUUCUGAAUCAAAACACGAGGAUUUAUCAAAAGUGGCUUUUCGAACCAUUUUGAUAGAUUUUCAAGCUUUGUACAUUAAAUCCCGCUAUUUUCCCAUUUCAGUUUCCCUGACGAAAGUCAACCCUGAAUACUUAAAAGCCGCACUGUUUUUUUUCUCUAAGGUAAAUGUAUUUUUUUGUUCUGGAAGAAACUGGGUUUUGGCUGGUACUAGGACAAGCAUAUUAACUGACGCCUGUUACGACAAACCGUCCGCCAAAGUUUUUCCUGAUUUGAACGCAUUACCCUGUAUAGUUAUUGUAUGUCGAACGAUUUCGUCAAGGAAAUAAUGGCUCUUUUUGUCUAAUACCUUUCGAUCGCAAUUGUGCUACCAACGGUUGUAUAUCGUACGUUUUUGAUUUGAAAGAACACAAAGCUUGACGUUAAGGUAGGAUUUUAAAAAUAGGCACUUUACGUGUCGUCAGACAGCGUUUUCGACUGCUAAAACAAUUCAGGAUAGAUGUGGCAUGUUCGACGAGAAUUUUCAAGAGGGGGCUACUGGUCAAAAAACACUUACUAACUUUGAAAGUGGAGGUAUAUCUUUUAGCCAUAACGCCCCCACCGCAUGUGAAACAGACACUUGCCAUAGCAACCAUAACAUAGUUUUAAAACCGAGUUUAAGGCAGGACCUUUUUCUUAUCAAAACAAAGCGACGACGGCGUAUAGAAAGAAUAAAGAGGUUCCAACGGUACAUUGCAUUACGAAGCACAACACAGGUAUAAAAAAAUAACCGUUAUGUUCCUAGUAGCCUAAUCUAGGUUAUACUAGCCGAUUCUCCCAGUUCUGCGCUUACCUAAUGAGGAGUUGUCCGAUGAGUUGUUUUCGCAAAUGCAGAAUAUUAAAUAAUCCGUAAAUCAUUCUACUAUGUUACGUUACGUUUUUGACGAGCGGCAGAUAAAAAAAUUGUGUUUAAGGGGUUGGUACUGCCUAAACGUAUUUAAAAACACCUUACCUAUAUUCAGUUUUUAUUUCUUUCUGUCCAAGAACGGACCACUAUGUAUUAUUCAAUUGAGCCUUCAGCCGUACACUCACUCGAUUUAAAACGUAAUAAUAUUUUAAAGGCUCGACUUCGGGGGUACAAACAUGCACUUCAAAAUAUUACGACAAUAACGAGCUUAUCACUCAAGAUGGCCAUAUGAAAAUGAAGCAAAAAGAAUGUUGCGCCAAAUAUGUUGUCCCUAGAUACGAUUGCUUUUUGACGACGUCAGUUACAAGUAAGAAGCCUAUUUCUUUUGUCCUAUUUUUCAUCGCCUUUCGAGAUGAUUCAGCUGUGUCGGCGCAUCACCUUUUCUUAGCGGCCUCAUUCGAACAUCUGCACAUUGUGUUGUACUACACUCGUAGAUCUCUUGUUUUAUAUCUCUAAAGUGCCCUUUGCUCAAUUUAUUUACCGUCUACGCUGGUGCCAUUAACGAGACUCUUGUCGUUCUCGGUUAAGUAUAUUCCAGAUUCAGUUUUUCAACGACUUUCAAAACAUUUGACCCUUGAAAGCAUUGCUAAAAGAAGUAGUUAAAAUGUUUCUACUCCUGUUAUAAUUAUAGAAUCGAGCAGAUAAGCGUGCAGCGUCCCUUCAAGCUAAAGUCUGUAAAAAAAAAAACAAGUUACACUAAAAACGUGAAAAUAGUUUAUUUUGAAGGAUUUCACAAUAAUUAUCUAGGUAGGUUAGGUUAAUCAAUGCGAGGUCAUAAAAGAUAGGCGCUCGAGGUGACAGAAGCGAUGCACGUUACAGUACGAAAAAAUAAAGAAGUAGGAUAGUAGGAAACUUCGUACUAAGUUUUCGUCAGUGCAAUUCAGUGGCACCAAGGGACAUCUAGGAUCAUAUCGAGAGUUUAAGUUAUGAUAGCCAAUUUUUGAUUCAUUUUGGCACCCGUUUGCAAUUUUUUUUGUUUGGGUCAUGUCUUUUUAAGCCAUUAGCCCUAUUAUUUAGAGCGAAAUUUGCAACACAGAGUUAAUGUCGAUGUGUUGCAACGUUACGUUCUAUCAUCUACCAAAAAAAACACCGAACUAGUGAUUUAACCCCAUUUUCUACACAAUCGUCUAAUGAACAACUUAACAAUCAAUUUAACAGCUGACUUUAAACUUAAAGCUUCACAAAAUUCUAUUCACUAAUUUGGCCUGUGGUUAGUGCAUACAUGCUCUAAAAUCAGCCAAACGCUUCUGAGAUCUCAAGUCUUAGCCACGACAAUCCGACCCUACCCUGCCUGGCAAGGAAGCGGAAGACAUUAAAUGCCAGUAAAGUAGAGGCACGCUAGGUGUCGUGUCUAAGGACCUUAUCGUCACAUAGAGCUGAUACCACGAUGAGAAUCGGAGAAGACGCAAUGAAGUGGCUGUCGGCCAUUUUACGCGUUGGCCGUCGCUCAGGGGGAGGAGCCCGUCAUUGGGUGUUGAGUGCUCGGUGAUGAUGUGUGGGCGUUGUAGCAGCAGAUUUUCCUCCUCCCUUGUCGGUCCCACAAACGGCCAUAGGGGUGGAGGAAGUCGAAUGAGCUCGUUGUCCUGUCCCAGUAAGUCCCAUGGUAGCCUACCGUGUGAUUGUGGUGGCCUUUACUGUCUUCGCGCAGGGCCCCACCUCCAGCUAUGGGGUCGUGCGUGGCGUCGGCGGGCCGCUGUCGUUGCCGCCGCAUUCAUCUUCGUAGCACUCGUAAAUACGACAGCUGUUCUGAUCCGAACGGCUGACCCUAGCACGCCGAACCCGUGGAAAUUGGUCUGGUCGCCAAAAGCCUUCUCCCUUAGCGAAUCCAAUGUGUCAACCCUAAUGGCGCCAUCAAUAGUCACCACAGGAUUCGAUAUGCCAACCUUUAAUUUUCGUAAUGUCAAAUUGGAUCGUUCACGUCGUUACCGUAUCUUUGAAGAUGUUGUCGUUGCUGAGGAUCAGGAAUCGAUUUCGAACUCACUUGUGUGUUUAGCAACGCUGUCAUCGUUAGAUCGCCUCAUCGGACUCCUUGAUAUUGCUCAACACUGGGAUGGGCCCGUGUCAGUUGCCAUCUCUGUUCGGUCGACUGAGGAACUGCAGGCUCUUCGCCAGUUUAUCCACGUACUCGGCAUAUGUUCAGAUGCUGUGCGACUCAAUUUUGCGUUCCAUGUUGUGCUCCCGGUUGACGGGUCGCGAAUCGACCUACACGUCCGAGGGGUUGGGACACAAUUUAGUGAGACAACAUCCUGCGUCGACCAACUUAAAACGCUGCUUCCAAGUCCACCUCAACCGCCACUGAAAACGACGAAGGCAUUAGAUCUGACUAAGUUACUCUUCCCACAGAAUCACCUGCGAAACGUCGCGCGCGACGGCUGUGAACGCAUGGGCUCCAAAUACUUCUUUCUUACAGACAUCGAUAUCGUCCCAAAGCCCGCCCUUGCAUCACAGCUAAAUGAAUUUCUCCAUAAUCGAAAGACACAACGAGAGGUGUACGUCGUACCGACGUAUGAGAUGCCGGAACGUGCCGAUAUGCCUCGGAGCAAGGUGGACCUACUAAAAAUGGUGGCUGCAGGAUUUGCUCGACCUUUCCACAAGGUCGUCUUCAUCCAUAACCAAUACGCCACUAAUCAUGAACUCUGGGAACGUCUGGCCAAAAAUUCGCGUGACACACUCAAGGUUGCCUAUAAGGUCACAAACUAUGAAUUUUUCUAUGAGCCAUUCUAUGUGGCGCCAUUUAGUGUACCACGUCACGAUGAGCGAUUCAUUGGCUAUGGAUUCACGCGAAACACGCAGGUGUACGAGACACAUCUGGCCAAUUUCGAAUUUCAGGUUCUUGAUGAGGCGUUUGCUGUCCAUCGGGGCAUUCAGACGAGGAAAAGCCGAGGUUUCUGGCGUGAAAGACAGAAUGUUCAAAAUCGGCGUCUAUUUCUACAAUUUAAAAAGGACAUGGCUGCUCGAUAUGGAAAUAGAAGCAUAGCGAUUUUUGGUGCUUCACCAUAGCAGGGCCAAAAAGCGGACAAGCCUCUAUAUAUAUAUAUAGGUUUGUAUAUAGUAAUAUUUUCUUAUUUAUACACUAUUAACACCAACAACAACAGGAAUACGCUAUUUGACCUUUUAGUCUAAAUUGCAGGAAAGAAAGAAAAAAGUCCAGUCCGAGUUGAUGACAAUCGAGGAAAAACGAAUAUAUGGGAGUGAAGUGCUUGCAACGACAAGAUUAUUUGUUUAUAUAAAUAUAUAUAUAUAUAUAUAUAUAUAUAUAUCUCUUAAAAAGUGUCUGCCUUUUCAGCGGGAAAUCUGAGAGAAACUUAGUGAUAACUGGGGAAAACAUUUAGUAAAUAUAAAGAAAUAUAAUAAACGUUUUUAUAAAGAAAACAAACACAUAAAAGAUAAUUAAAUUUGAGAAUAGAUAUAAAUUAACUACGAUACUUACGAAAUUAAUAUAACAUAGGAUGCUCAUGUUAGUUUAUAACUGGGAAAAGGCAAAGUUGUGGUUCAUAGUGUUAGCCCUGCACCAACCCUCAAAUGUAAAUUUUCCUGAGCCAUAGCUAUUUUUGAUUACCCUGCAGUUAUACCGUGAUCAAGUGAUAAAUUAGUAAGACAUUGGACAUGUUACGUAGCUUGCUGUUUAAACAAACUGGCUUGUUCCAGUCAAGAAGUUGAUUUCUAGCGCUAAGUUAAGCAAUGCAUCAGAUCGGGCAAGCUCGGCUCUCUUGCAAUGUGCAAAAAAAUCAAUAGUUUUCCUUUUUUUUUUAUUAAAGUGAAUAGCGGCUGAUGAUAAUCUCAAGUGCAGAAUUUCGAAAAUAGAAUGGACGCGACGUUUUCGUUUCGAUGCCUUUGAAAGUUUCGGCAAACGGGGAAGCCAGAUCGCAAAAACGAGAUCUCAAAGGUCAGACUAGAGCAGACGUAUUUCGUUCGUGAUUUUGUUCACCAUUAUAAAAUCUAAUCGAGAUAAUAUUUUCAAGAUGAGAUUUAUCACGUGUAUGGGUAUUUGCAUUAGCAGGAAGAUCCUUUUUCCUCUACCUUACGCUUUCAAAAGAAUGGUAACGAGCGCUUCGGGUAUUACGCAUGAACUAUACGUGCGAAUGUAUAUAUAUAAAUAUAGAUAUAUACUGUGUAAAAUUCAGUCGGCUGAGUAUGGGCGUCUGUCUGCUAUAUUAGUCAUUGUUUGUUCCGAGUAAUCAACGAUCAAAAAAAGUUUACCCACUCGAGAUGGGCCGCCUGUUUUCGACUGGUAGAAUCUUUGGUGUCUCCGCAACCGUUUCACCAUACUCGGUGGAUAUUGAUCUAUUACAGAUCAGUAUUCAACAGAUUUCAGUCUAGGCACUUACCGUUCGGCCAAUAUUCCGCAUUCAAUCGCUUCUUCUGACUUACUUAGUAUCAUUGCAUAAAUAAUUGUAUACUAUAAGUACUUACUAUUGAUUAUAGUAUACGUACUUUUGUAUGUGCGUCCGCCAUAAAAGCUCCAUCGGCACAAUACUCAGCGUCCACAUAUGGAUCCACAAUCCGUCAAUGCUCCCCGUACGUUCAAUGUGAGUGAAGUUACUACGGUUCGGGUGGUUAUUCUGGGAUUUGGGCUGGGGUUAAUAUGAUAACUGUAUUUACUAUCUUGGCUUGUUGAAGAGCAAAAUGCAAAUACCGUAUAUUUACGGUAGCAUGGUUGUCUGCCCACAUAAAUUUUUAUCGACAUUAUAUAGACUUAUGGUAGAGAUACUGGGUGUUGUAAAGACCUGCACACGAACCGCUUAAAUAUUAUUAUAAUAUGUUAACGUAUCGUUGCUGUUUGGGCUUCUUUCAUUUGUCGGUACCUCAUAAAAAAAAAAUGAUUAAAUAAACUGAAUUUAAACGUGAGCAUGCAUUAUACAACGAGUUACUAUGCAAAUCAAAAUUUAGCGGCUAAAAUUACUCGUCCUAUUAUUUGGUAAGUCAUUGGCGAAAAACAAAUGCCGGUGGGAAACGAUCAGUGAAACUUAAAUCAUAGUGAGAUGCACUGUUGGUCGAUUGAUGCAGAACAGCCCCUUCGCCACGGUGUUCCUGCCCAACUUCUGUAAGCUCAAAAUCUGAUCUUCGAUGUAAAUAAAUAAUGAUAUAUAAUAAACGAUGUAAAAGUUAUGUGGACGUAAAAUAGCGGAAACCAAGAUGCGCUUCUGCGUCUUACAUAAGUUCCAUCUAUGUUUUGUCUAGCAGUGAUACAUUUCGAUAGGUCUAUCAUGAGUUUCUAUCUAUGGUCACAUGCUACCACAACUUUUGUUCAUGUUGCUUCAAUAGUUGGAAAAACGUAAAGUUCCUGGUUGGCAGCGGGUGUUGAGAGAGUUGCAUUGUCGCCAUAUCUACUAUUUUUUAACUACUCGAAGCUUGGCAUUAAAUUUGGGACUUGGAGAAAGUGAUGGGAGUGCACGGUCGGUCACAUAAGCAUCUGCUCCGAUAUUUUCAUGGACUUCUACUAGAUCUAUCCAACACUGGUUACAAUCGAUCGUGAGAUGACUCUAAAAACUUGUCUUUUCAAAUGGUAUCCACCGGAAGGACUCCCCAAGCGACGGAGUACUACUUUGGGUGCGCUGUAGUUUGUAGUGUCAUUUGUUGAGCCAGGCAUUGGACAGCAGUGAGAUUAGAGAACCGGGAUUCAGUAGACUGUGUACAGGGCACUGAGACGCUUUUGUGUGAACACCGGCAUGUAUCUAUAGUCGGGGAGGUCGUGACUUGGUAUGAAGGCUGUCGAUCUCUAAGUCUAGCAAGCCUCUGC